CGACCUAGCAUAAUCCACAUUCAGAAAAACUACCGAAAAGGUUUUACAUUUUCGAGAGACGUUUCAAACCUUUCCCUUUCCUUUCUCUUCCACCGCCGCAAACCAUGACGACGAUCAGUCUCCGGAAGGGAAACACCCGUCUCCCACCGGAAGUAAACCGCGUCCUCUACGUCCGUAACCUUCCGUUCAACAUAACCAGCGAAGAAAUGUACGAUAUAUUCGGCAAAUACGGCGCAAUUCGCCAGAUCCGAAUCGGAACCAACAAAGACACUCGCGGCACCGCCUUCGUCGUCUACGAAGACAUCUACGACGCCAAAACCGCCGUCGAUCAUCUCUCCGGUUUCAACGUCGCCAAUCGUUAUCUCAUCGUUCUUUAUUAUCAGCAAGCUAAGAUGAGUAAGAAGUUUGAUCAGAAGAAGAAGGAAGAUGAGAUUGCUCGUAUGCAGGAGAAGUAUGGUGUAUCGACCAAAGAGAAGUAGUUGAUGAUACUCAUAGCUGAAAAUCCACCGCAGAAUGCUGAUACGCCGCAGAGUAGGGUAUUGAUUCAAGAUUAGAUGAAAGUUUACAUGAUGUUUUAGUAAUGAAUUGUAUCAAUUCAUUUCAAUUUGACAAGUCAAGCUAUUUGUAUCAAGUAUUAAAUUGCACAUGGAUUUGGCAAAGUGAGCUAUUUGUAUAAUGUAAUGAAUUGUAAAUGGUUUAUUUCAUUUUUUGAAGCAAGAACUUCACAUACUACUAAAA